AUGUGGGAUAUUAACCGGAGGAAAAGGGAGGUGGGUAGCAAAAAAAAUCUGUGCUAUUUUCGGCACACUCCUGCGUGCAUGUGUAACCCAAAAAGGCAAUUUUACCACCACAGGAAACUUCUCUUGCUGUAUAAUGGCUCUGGCGAACGGAUGCACCAUAGUGCGAGCCAAGGCGUGGCGGCGCCUAGAAGGGGGUAUGUGUGGAUGAUUUUUGGUGUUGCUGGGUCCAAUGUGGCUUUGUGCAAAAUGGUGAAAAUAUUUAGAUGGAAAGUGAAACGAAAGACAAACGAAACCAUGAGGAAGGCAGAGCAACACAAUCGAUUUAUCAAGAACCAGCGUAGUGUUUGGUCACGGAAAAUCAACAAAUUAUUGUGGACGAUGCUGGCUGCAAACCGGAGUGUUGUCAAAACUUUGAUCAAAUCAUUGUUCGAUAUGCCCAAAUCUCCCCCGCCAUAA